UCCUAUUAUCAACUUGUCCCUCAUCUCUACAUAUCUCAUAUUAGUAGCAGCUAUAUCCAUCUUGAAAACCAAUCAACCAAAUCACUAAAUCGUUUCAUGUUCCCAAAUUAGCUAGUGAUUCAGAGAAUCAUCGGCUUCCUCUGAAAAUCAAACAAAUACGGAUAUUUCUCAGACUCCCGAUUCUCUCUUUCCACAGUAACGAUGUUCAACAGCAAAAAGGAAUCCAAUGGCGCGGCCUCUCGAACGGGAGCAGACUCGCCGUUCUUGCAAAAGGCACGCUCGGGUAAAACAGAGGUCCGAGAGCUAGAAGCCAUGUUCAAGAAGUUCGACGUGAACGGAGACGGCAAGAUCUCGUCAAAGGAGCUAGGCGCCAUAAUGGCUAGCCUAGGCCACGAGGUUCCAGAGGAGGAGCUUCAGAAGGCGGUAGCAGAGAUAGACAAGAAAGGAGACGGGUACAUAAACUUGGAGGAGUUCGUUGAGCUGUUCACGAAAGGGAUGGACCAGAACGAUGUGCUCGAGAAUCUUAAGGAUGCUUUCUCUGUUUAUGAUAUCGACGGGAACGGCUCGAUAUCGCCGGAGGAGUUGCAUGAGGUUUUGAGGAGUCUUGGAGAUGAAUGCUCGAUAGCGGAGUGUAGGAAUAUGAUUGGAGGAGUGGAUAAGGAUGGAGAUGGGACGAUUGAUUUCGAGGAGUUUAAGGUUAUGAUGACUAUGGGAUCCAGGCGUGAUAAUGUCAUGGGAGGAGGAGCUCUGUGGUAGAGUUUCUCAUUUUCUCUUCUACUUUUUCUUCCUCUUUGGGGGUUGCAUUAACUUGAUGUUUAAAAAAAAUAUAUACAUUUAACUCUUCUGUUCUGUUUUUUUUUUUUUUUUUUUUAGACCAAACUCUUCUGUUCUGUUUUUAGUUCUGCUUUAGAACUGAAUAACUGUGUAAAAGUUAUGUGAAUAAAAGAUUUGCUACAAUAGUCUCUACAUUUCAGUUGGAUGAUGGAAGAUUUGUUGUCUUUUUGAGUUUGAACAAUAGAUUAGAGAUGCACUUGAUGAUGUUAAAGCCCAGUGGUCAUCCAUUCAGCGGUCAAGAUGUGAAUACAUCUUCCUUCGGGUGGACCAGUAUCAAGCUGUUUCAACUAGAGGAUUUCGCUUACGUGGUAAUAAAAAGAUUCACGGUGGAUCUUUUUUCCCAAGAUGCUUCCUCUCGUAGUUAUGUUCUGAUCAUUCAAGAAGAGAAUGGAGCUGACACAAGCAUCCAAAUUAAGGUUUGCGUCUUAGAUCUCUGUCAUCUAAGAUCAUAGAUGUCAUGAAAGAUCUCACAAAAAGGGUCAAGUCACUAUCAUUUCAGGAGACACCAAGUGCUUUAUAAACAAUGAGCAUCAUCCUGUAAGUUUCCUAGGCUUUACGUGUUUCAUCUGUUUAAGAUUGUUUCAUUUAAAAUACAUAUAGCGACCUACGAACUAGUCGGUUUUCCUCUCAAAGAUUUCAACAAACGAGAGAAGAGAGAUUAGAAUAGGAAACUCGUUACAUUAACCAAAGAUAUUUACAUUGAAAGAUAAAGAGAAACUCUAAUACACAAAGGAUCACCUAUCUUUAUCUCUCUCUCUUUGUUAUCAAUUCCCUACGAAGAUUGGCCUGUCUCUCUCUCCUAAGCCGAGGGGAGAACGGGAACGCCGUGGACUCGUGAUCUCUCGAAGUACUCUAGGCAUCUCAGGCUGAUGUAUCUUCUCAAACUCUUUCUUGAUCUUCACGACUUGGCUAUGGAUAGGAAGAACACAAUCAUGCCCAUCAUUUCCAUGAUUGGUCUUAUUCUUCUUCUCCAUCACAAAUCGGCAGUGAACCAAGAAGAAUUAUGUUUGUAUGUUUCUUAUGAUGUUUGCGUUUUAACUUGCACGCGGAAGGCGUGUUUAUAACAGUAAUCUUGAACAAAAGUGGACACGAGUUGUAGAUGAAGUAGAAAGGAAGUUAGGUUGGUGGGCAACGCCAAAUUAGUCUCUUACCCAUUUCUCUUUGUGUGUGUUAAUAAUAUAUGAAUGAUAAUUUUAGAAUUUGUAGUGAUCCAAAAGAAAGAAGAAGAGACGUAUCAUUCUUCGUGGCAAAGAUAGUCGGUGUUGGGUGAGUUGUGUUUAGGUGUCGUAAACAAAACCAAGACACUUGUGAAUCAUGAUGAUUACUGGCUCUCAGGUACAAGUAAUUAAAGCUGUAGAUAAUCUUGGUUUGCAUCAAAGCUUGGAUGAAGGUA